AGAACAAAUUUGGGUUAAAAAUAUUUAACUGAUUAUUGAGAGAAAAAACUGACAUAUUAUAUUCAUAUCCAUCCAAUGGAAAAUGAAGUGUGGGAAAAUUUUAUUCUAAUAUAUAUAAUUUGUAGUAAUAAAAAAAGGAUCUAUUUAUUUAGAUUCACUAACGUUGUUGUCGCAGUCAAAUAUACGAGCCUCAAAAUAUCUAGCAAAAUAAAUAAAAGAAAGCGACAUAUAUCAGUACAUCAGUAUAAUGCGAAAUGAAGCUAAGAAAUCUGUAAACUGUACGUAAUGUAUGUAGAAAUUUAAAUAUAGUAAGAUAUGAAAUACAUUUGUAUGUCUAUCAGUAUAUAAAUUUAAUAUCUAUGUGUGUUAUUGUUGUGGCAUGCAUAAAUAACUUUAGCAUUUGACCAGACAGCCAAAUUGUGAGAUAUAGAAUAGUAAUGUUAUAUGCUCUUCUAAAGGAAAAGAAAAAAAAGAAAAAGUAACGAUAAUCGAGGUAGCUCUCUGAUAUACUCUUACUAGACAGAGAGCAUAUUUAGUCCAUUGAAAAUAUAACAAACUUUAUAACGAUCUCGUCAUAUUGAUGUAUGGAUAUAUGUACUGAAACUUGUUUAUGCUGGCUUACAAUAUUAUGAUCUUAUCGUAUUUUUUUUGUACACAUUACAUUAAAGUAUUAUAACACUUGUAAAGAAAGUGGAGGUGUUAUAAGGAUAUAUGAGCUAGGUAAUAAUUUUAUUUCUAACGUGUUUAGUUUUUUUAGAAAUAUAAUUUCAAGUUUUUUAUUUUACCUAUUGUAUUUGAAUUAUACAAUGUAUUUAUAUAAUGUCCUAUUGUUCGUUAUAUUAAUGUAUAAUGAAAUUACAAUACGAGUAUUAAUGCAAGUUGGAUAACCAGAUCCCAUACAUAUAGAGAAUGACAGAAUCGUUGACGUUUCUGUUCGUUAAAUGAUUCACAUCGUUUGUAUAAAAUGCUCUGGUAAUAAAUCAGGAUCAAUGUACAAGAUAUAUCGGAAAAAAUAGUAUCUUUUUCUGGCAUAUCUUACAUUCAAUGUUCCUAAAAGAGCAACAUUAUCGCAUAAGCAUUUUGAAUGACAUUUUUUCUGUCAUAUAUCGCAAAAGAAAUAGGCGAUAUGCACUUGCAAAUUGUUCUCAUUAUUCAUAUAAAUAUAAAGCGAACAUUAGAAAUUGAAAAAAAAAAUCGUACUAUCACAAUAAUAUGAUAAACUAUUGUGAGCAACUUUCGUUUGGUAUUUAAUGAUUGCAGUCAUUUUAACUGCAUAUAUUAAGUGAAAAAUGUUAAAAUUAGAUGAUGCAAAGAAGAGUCUGUAACAUUCCCAAUAAUCACUUCACUUUCAUUAAAAUUACGUAAUGAAUAAAAAUGUAGAUUAAAAAAUAUAUCUAAUGUCUGCUGUUCUGCAGACAAAAUCGUAAUGUAAUUGUAUCAUUGUUUGGAUAUUGUGGAUUAUAAUAAAAUAUUAGUAAAUUUAGAAAUAAAUAUACCAAAAUUGGUUGUUAAUUACACAAAUAUACAUAUACAUGAUCAAAAUCAUAUACCUGUAAUGUUGAAAGUCAGUAUAAAAUGUGAGACAUUUAUCGCUAUUAAAUUUAUUUCAAUAAACAACUGUAUGACUUGAAUACAUAGUUUACAUUAAUUUUAUGAUCCUAUUUAUACAUUUUAUCAUCAGUAAUAUCAGUGUUAAUAUGUUUUAACAUCAUUUUUUCAGAUACUUCAAUAUCAAACAUAAUUAAAUAUUUUUUAGUAAGAAAAACAAAUUUAAAAAAUUCUCUUCUAAAAGAAUUAAUUUUUUUUCAAGGAAGAAUGUAUUUCUAUACAUUCUAUUCUAUAUAUUCUAUUAUAUUUUAUUAUCUCAAUCUUUAUUAGCUUAACUGGCAAUCAAUAUCUGAAUUAGUUUCUUUCAAAAUAGAUAAAAUAAAUUUCUUAACGCUUUUAUGUUUUUUACAGAAUAAAUUGUUUGUUGUAAUUGUUGUAUGUGUUAACAUAAUAUUUUAGGGGAUAAUAACAAUACUCUAUAUAUUAAUAUUGGAAGAAAAAUUCAUUUCUAAUUUUACAAAAAUGCAAAUUUUAUAGUUCAUAUACACGUCCACAUUUAAACUUUUUUAUUGUUCGUUCAGUAGGUUUUAUAGAAAGAUCUUUUCCAAAGAAUUCUAAUUUGAUAUCCUUCAAAUGCAUAUUCAUAACAACAACAUCUUUGGGUAUUGUUCGUAUAAUAUUAUCUUCUCCACAAAUUCUAAAAAUAUUUUUGGUGUCUUGAACAACUAUACCACUUAAUCCAAUCAGACUAGGACACUUUGCUCGAACAAUAGAAAUUUCAGCACCAUGAAAAUCUGCUUUAAUCAACUGUUGAUUAACAUUUUCCCAAUUUGGAUCAGUUGGAUCUUUUGGAAUGUUAUCGAAAAACUUGGAACCAAGCACUUGCUCCAUGUAAUUUAACCACAAUUGAUUCAAUGGUAAUAAGUCCUUAUAUUUCAUACUAUUCACUUGGCAACUAAUUUUACGUAAACCAAGUUGCAUACGUUUUCUAUUAGUUAAUAACUUUCCUUUGCAUUGUUUCUUUUUGUUCCAUUUGCUCUUGUGUUUACCCAGUAUCAAUGACUUUCUUAAUUCAUUUGCUAUUGAGGCGGUAUCAGUGGGAGGCAAUGCAUUUUGUAGAAAAUUCGUGAUAUAUUGUUCGCUGUUUUCACAUGUACUAAUUUGUUUUGUUAUAUUUUUAGGCAAUAUUGAACAUGAUACAUACGAUUUGUUUGUGCCAUUGUCACGUGUUCGAUGUCCAAAUGUCACUGCGAGUCUCUCCCAUAACAAAUUGUCUACUAUCUCAUUCUAAUUCUUGUCUCUGUCUAAGGCCGGUUACUAUCAUCAUAGUUCCAUCUGGUGCCAGUACGCUUUAUUCAAUAUCUAUGAGUUCGACAUAGUCCCCUUGAGGAUAUGGAAUAUAUGAAGACUGAUUUCAACUCUAAUCCUAACCUCGAAUUUCCUAUCUAAGCAGAUUGCGGCCAAAGGUCACCGUCGUUCAAUUCCAUUGAGCCUGGCUGGUAGAGAUGAAACGCAACUUUCUUUUCAUCUAAAUUUCCCUCCCGACGCGAUCCUUUUUUCUCAUGUUGUUCAGGCACUUGUGUUCUCUGGCUGCAAACGUUCGGAUGCUGACAGUGGUAGUCAAUAAUAACAUUAUUACUAAAAAUGUAUUAUGUCAAAAUUAAUACAUUUUAUUACACAUUACACCAAUAUUGCAGCAGAUAAGAGAAAGUAUAAACAUGAAGUAUUAACAGUUAAAUAUGUCAUACUCGUAAAUCUUUUUUCGAAAAUUAUCACAUAUUACAUUUUGCUUUAUGUUAAACAUUUGAAAAAUAUGCUCUUAGGUUAGCUUAAAUUUAAAUAUGAUUAACUGAUGUGUGUAAGUGUAAGAAUUUAUUUCUGUAUUAAUUCAAUGGCGACGUAUUUUCUUCCAAUAAUCCAUGAAAUUUGAAGCAAACACUGUAAAAACAAGACAGCGCAUAAUUGCAUUGUAUACAUAAAUUGAUAAGCAGGAGCAAAAUAGAGGUUUAUUUACUCAAACUGAAUUCGUAAAAAUGAUAAAUCAUCUACAUAUUAGAAAUUGAAUGGAAAUUGAGGCAAAAGAAAGAAGAGAUCAAGCUUCUUUCGUAAAAUCAUAUUUUGCUAUAUAAGAUGGGCUAUCAAAUAAAAUACAAUUAACAAAAUGAAAAUUCUACAUGAAAAAGAUAGUCAAAAAUAUGGAAUUUAUUCGUAGAAAUAAAUAAAUUUCGAUUUGCGAGAAAAUAUAUAUGCCACUUCUUAACUGAACACGUUCAAAUCUUUGUUUUCGUCGGAAUGAGGUCUUAAACGAAUAUUUUUAAUAAUCUUUUUCUGAUUGUCUAUUUGUAUCCAGUAGAUAAUUAACCAAGUUUGUACAUACUGAAUGAAUUUUCAAAUUUGAUCUUAUGGAAGAUAAAGUACCGUGUGCAAAAAUUUUAUUUUAUAUUAUGUUCUAUACUUUUUUACGUAGAAUCGUAGAUCAUACCACAAUUACUAAGAUACCUUAUACAUUGCACUUUAUAAAACAAAAAAAAACUCGAAAAAUAAUUUGUACACGAUACGUGCAAAUGAAAUUACACUAUCCAACGACGAAUAAAUAUAUUAAUAUAUAGGUCAAUUUUGUCCAUAUGUUAACGAAUUAAUUAAUAUUCUAUUUGGUAAAAAAUAAUGUAAAAAUAAUAAGAACGUAACUAGAUCUUUAUUUUAUUAAUCUUAGAAACGAAAGUUAGAAACUCUCAGAAAAGAGAACAUCGAAGAAAAAAGAUCAAGGAAAGAAACUAGAAACUCAGUUUUGCAGUAUAUGUACUUACUGACGUUACUGAUUACUACUACUCGAGUCGAAAGUCGUGGACAAUCGUGGCAUGUAUGAACGAACUUGCUGUGUACGUGUAAUGUCGAAUUAACCAUGUUGAGACGCAUAUUUGGCAUCGUAGAAAUCAAUUGAAAAUAAUAAAAAAUGGUGUCACUAAUAAAGAAGCAGUUAUUGAAACAUUUAUCAAGGUUUACCAAGAACUUAUCAGCAGAUAAAAUAAAUUUAAGCACGUUCAAAGGAGAAGGUGAACUGACAAACUUGGAGCUUGAUGAAACAGUAUUGACAGAUUUGUUGGAGUUACCUUCGUGGCUUAGAUUAACAAAUGCUUGGUGCAAUAAAGUUUCAUUUCGUAUUCAGUGGACCAAGUUAAGAAGUAGUUUGGACGAAGUUCACAUAGAAGUAGAAACAUGCGAAGAUUUAAGAAAUUUAUCAUCUUCUCAAGGGCUAUCUUCUUAUACUGGUCCUGCAAAAUAUUCUUUUAUACAUAAAGUAAUUGAUGGCAUAACAGUAACUGUUAAUACUGUAUCGGUUACAUUCAAAAGCCCUGCAUUCAUUGCUUCAGUUCAAAUGAAUCGCAUUAUUGUAGAAUCCAAAUCUGCAACAUGGCAACGGUGUGAUCUAAGAACUACUAGAGUAAAAGAUCCUGAUCGUGGACAGUUACUUAUUUUUAAAGAAUUGGAGUGGCAAACAGUUAGAAUAGAGGCACAAAGUACUAAAGAUAAAAACCUUACACCAUUACGUUUACUUACAAAUCAAGCUAGAUGUCGGAUUACUAUUAAGAAAAGAAUAUCAGAUUGUUUUGUUAUGGGAUCAAGACUGAUUCUUAUAUUAGAUGACCUGUUAUGGGUUUUAACAGAUUCGCAACUGAAGGCAGCACUUCAUUUUAUUGACUCUUUAGGUGGUCUGAUAGAAAAAGCUACAAUAUUAGAACGUAAAACCAAAGCAGCUAGAAAAUUAGAGGUAUUGCCGGAAUAUCAAGCACAAAUAUCUCAACAAUCAAGGACAAAAAAUCAGUGUAAUACUGCUAUUUCUAAAAUCUUUACCAGAUAUGAUGUUGUAGAAACUUCAUAUCAUUUCCUUUGUCAAAGAAUUGAUUUACAUUUAUGUGAUGAUGCUGGUAAUGGUAGAUCUUCUCAUCCUGACUUAAAGGAUGGUGGUGCAUUGCAAAUUUCACUAGUUAGAUUUCAAGUUGAUUAUUAUCCAUAUCACUUAGCAAUGGCUGAUAGAAAACAUUGGGCUAAGUAUAAAGAAAAUGCUACGCCUCAUAGUCAAUGGUUGCAGCAGUCGUUAAGUUCUUUUCGAAGUCAGUUUAUGGAUCUUAUAGAUUCUGGUAGAACACAGCAUUCUCCUUUAACCAGAAGUCAAGGAAAUAUUACGGUUAAUAAUACAAAAGGUUUAGGAGAUAAUUUGGAAAAGGGUAAUCAAUCACAAAAUGUAAAUACAGCUGCUGAUGAGAAAAAAAAAUCGCAACAUCCUAGUGGAAAUCCAGUAAAAAAUUACAUUUUGGAACAACUUGCUAAAUUAAUGACGACGUGCAUUAUAAUAAGGAUCGAUGAUUUUACGUUAUACAAAGUAACCACAACGUCUCGUAAUCCUGUACCUAAAGAAUUUGUUACGGUGCCACCUCCAAAAUUUUAUGUACAACUGAAUCCUAUCCAAGUAAAUUUUGACGUCUGUUCCUGCUUAUGGUUUAAUUCUUUUGCAUUAAAUUUAUAUCAUUCUCUAAUGAAUAAGGAUAAACAACCAACGUAUACUUCUACUAAUUUAAUGUAUUUUGACGUGAAGAUCGAAGCUAUACUUCCAAGGAUAGUUUUUGAAAGUCAACAAGAUUAUCCUAAUCAGAAAGAUAGGCCAAAGUCUUUGCACGUACAAACGUCGAGAGCAUCGAUAACAAAUGUUCGAUCCACAGAAAGAUCUUCGAGAGCAGAUUUAGCACAAUGUGUAAAUGCUUUUCAAAUGGGUCAAAUGUUUUUUACUACAGAUUUUCCAAACAGAUUGAAUGAUUUUCAUGUUCUUACAGAUAAAUUUUUGGCACAUUGUGCAGGCACUGAUAAUAUUCGUCAUCCACCACCUAAUUUUAGUAGUAACUCUGUAAACGAAUUAGUUCGUCAAUUACAUCGGGAGCUUUUGUGGACCGAAACUAAAGACAUAUGGUGUUGUAAUUUGGAACCCGUUUGGGGAGAUUUUCUCGGUGCUCGCGCGGUCGGACAAAAUCGUCCUGUACCGUUCCUUGAUGCAUUUCCUUUGACUUUAUGGUGUUACAUAUCUAUGAAAUCGUCAGAGAAAGAAUCGUCAGAAAAUAAAUCUACCGCUGACAUUCAUGGUCUUGCGUACAUAAGCAAUUUAGUUAGCAUUCAGAUAAAUCAUUAUCAAUAUUUGUUCUUGUUAAGAUUAUCGGAAGUUCUAUCAGAAAUGGCAACGUAUCUAAAUAUCGAUUCUAAUAAAAUAUUGAAGAUCGAUUGCGGUAGUUCACUCGUUAUUGGUGCAUUAAUACCGCAAGUAGAAGUAACAUUCGUCAUGCCGUCGCAUACCCCUGGUAAAGAAAAUUCUGGAGCAGAUUUGGAAUCUGUUAUGCCAGAUUCGUCUAGCAUAGCAGAUGACAUUCCAGGUUCAUCUAUUCCAUGGCAAAAUACAGAACGAGUUGAGAGUAGUGGUAAAAAGAUUAAUAUAAAUAAUGAAACAAUAACGCCGCAGAGUGAUAUAUCAUCAAUGUUGUCAAUGGAUUUUAUGCAUUCUAAUACACCUCAAACUGUCGUGACAUUUAAACAAAAUGGUACGAAUAAACAUGAAAAUAAUACGCAAAUAAGAAAUGUUACGUAUGAUAAACAGUGCAUUGGUGUAGAAGAGGAGAAAGCAUUGCCUACUUUACGAUAUGCUGCUGAUAUUACACAUAAGCACAGCAAGGGAGAUUCAUCUUCAAAUACACCGUUCAUUUCCAAUAAUUUCAAUGUUGGUCUUUUUUCUAUGAAAAAGGGAUUAAGUAACUUAAUGACAUCUAUUGAUUCAGCUUUGAAAGCGUCUCCAGAAGAUGGUAGUAGUGAUACUAUGUCUAUAAGAAGCGAUGUUAGCUCUGAUAGUGAAAACUAUGUUUUAAUUAAUCUUCAAGAUCAAGAAAAAUUAGAUGCAAUGUUUUCUGUUGAUAAUUCAAUUAGAAUAACAGCAGUAGAAGAAGCUAGUGAAGUAGUGGAAGAAACUCCUGAUACUCAGAGUGAAAAAUCUAUGGAUAGUGUGUGUAAACGAAAAGAUAUUGUAUCUAUGACAACAUUUAAGUUAUCUAAAGUUGAAUUUAUUCAACAAUCCCUUGGGUAUGCAUCUUCUAUCAAAGUUCAAAUUUCAAAUAUUGGUAACGACGAAUGUUCAUCUAUUCCAUGGGAUGAAUUUCAGACAAAAUUCAGUGCACGAUCUCGAGGUUGGGUUGAAUUACCUUCAGAUUCUAACUGUAGAUCAUGUAUUAAACUACGUUUGGAUCAUGAUUUGAAAUGCAAGUCAGAUUCUUGGAAAUUGUCUCAAGCAAGUCAAACUAUAAGUAAUAAGCAUUUAUCUCGAAAUCAAAAUCAAAAUCAAGAUAAUGCAACUGAGGAAGAGAUAGAUGUUUCUAGUGUUGAUGUACAUAACAGACAAAGUGUUUUGGAUUUAUUUGAAGACAAGUUAGAAGUUAAAGUUACUAAUAUAUCAAUGUCCUUGUCUAUGAGUUCAAUAAGUGGGCUUACUGACUUAACUGAAGAUGAAAUUAUACCUAGGCCAAUACCAUUGCAAAUAUAUUUGGAGAGUAUAUCAUUGCGUUUAAAUGAAGAUCGUCCUCCGAAUAAUAUAACUUCGCCAGGACCAAUUCCUAUAGAUUUAAAUAUUGCAAAGCUUAAGGUAGUACGAGAUGCAAAUGGAGUUUUUCAUAUUGAACCAGUUGUAAACUUGAGCAGGAGUAAUUCCAUUGAAACACUCACAAACAGUGAUACUCAAAUAGCCCAAAAUAUAAAUCACGAAAUGGAAUUAAGUAUUUUGAGACAGUCUAGUAAACAAUUAAAAUCAGAUAAUGAACAGCUUCAGCGUCGCCUUAAUGCUUUGGAGAAAUUAUCAGAAGAAAAUGCGAAAUUAAUACGUAUAAAAGAAGAGUCUAAUGUAAUAAAAUCUCAUUUAAGUGCAGCACAAGAAGACAUACAAUUACUUUUGAAAGAGAAGAGAGCUUUGCAAGAAACAGUAACAGAGCUUCAAAAUCGAAUAAUUGGAAAUAAUGCAGGCAGUGGUACUCGUGCAUCUUGGUCAUCAAAGAGAUAGCAUACCAGUUGUUUUGAUUGUUCCAAAUGUUGCAAUUCGAAUAAGUUCUAAUAAUAAUUUUAUUAAUUGUCAAGUAAUUUUCUUUAACUUAAAAGUAAAAUGAAAAUGAAACUUGACACAGUUGAUUUAAUAUGUUUUCAUAGCAUCUCUAUUUAACUUGACAAGGAAGAGUAUAUCAUAUUGGAACGCUUGGAUUUUCAUUAUUAUUCGAAUCUAGUAUGUUAAACUGAUUUUUAAAUUUUAUAAAGAGAAGAUGAAUAAUAUAUUUAUAUGUUAUAUAUUUAUAUGUUACGAGCAAUAUUUUUCUGAGUUCACUUCCGCGUUUCCUACAUUAUUUUGUCUAACAUUUAUGCUAGUAACUGCCCUUCAGCUAUUUAAUAGUGCAAUCAUUAAAAAAAUAUUCAAUUCUAUAAGACAUAACUUAUGUGAAAUACAUUGGUUUUUUUCACUAUGAACAAGUACAAGGCGAUAAAUAAUGGCAAUAGUAGUCAGUAUUUAGCAUUUUCACUAAUGAAACAAAUAAACAAAGGAUUGAUGAAAUGAAUAGUUACAUUCGUAUUUAUUGUAUGCGAUAGCGUAUGUAUGCGACAUAUAUUAAAAAAUGAUGUAUAUACGAGAUUGUUAAUAUUUGCACAUACACACAUCUACACAUCUACACAUUUGCACAGUUACACAUUCACUUACACACACAUACGUACACACGCAUAAUAUAAUAUAUAAUAUGUAUGUGAUAUAUAUACAUAUAUCACAUAAUAUAUAUAACAUAUACAUAUUAUUUGUUGCAUAUAUAGAUACGUAUACAUAAACUAUAGUAUGCUAGUCAAAUUAUUGCAAUAUAUAUUUGGUUUUAUAGCAGUGGUUGUUACCUAGUGAUAACAAAGAAUUGAAUAUAAAUUUUUUACCAAUGCUUUUCGUUCUCCUCAUCGUAAAUGUUCUGACGAAUUUCAUAAGCAACUUUUAACUGAAUGGAAGAAUAUGAUAAUAAAUGUGAGAUAUUAAUGGAUAUUGAAUGAUAAAUUGUUUGAGCCUACAAGUAGAUCGUCUAGAUUGAAAUCAGUGAGAAGAGAUUGUACGUGCGAGCGUGUGCACGUUCGCGCGCGUGUGAUGCUGUGUGUGUGUGUGCGUGUGUGUGUGUGUACAUAUAGAUACACACUCAGUGAUUUAAAUAAUUACGUGAUAAAAAUGAAAUGACUAUAAUAUACAAUAUACAGUGAUAAUCUAGAAUGUUUUGAUAAGACUGUAAAAUCGAUGUUAUUUCCUGUAUCACUCCCUGUAUUUCCAUUAAAUUAAAAGUAUACAUUGAUUGAUAUUUACCAUCUUAUCUUGGAAAUGAAAAGUAUUGAACUACAUUAAACCAAAAUUAGUAGUGUAUUGUAAUAGACUAAUAACUUCGUCUCACUAUUGUUGUGAUAUCUUAAUAUUUCAUCAUUGUUCAUUGCAGUAAAUUUAGUUUCCAGGAUGGGUUGCUGGCCAAUUCUCUUGUUAAAAAACAGUGAGGUAUUUUUCUAAUUUAUUAGCGUAUUAAUGACAAUUGCUAAUUAAAUUUUUUUUAUAUUUUUUUUAUAUUGUGAAGUUUUGUUUAAGAAAAAAAGAGAGGAAAAUAGUCUUUCCUACUAUGGCACUUUUAUUAAAAUUAAGAUUAAUUUUUCUAAAAAAGUAAAUGUGAAAUAAAAUUUUGUAAUUAAUAUACAUUAAUGUGAGAUAUUGGAAGUUUUUUUAUGUAUAAAUAUACGUUUUUUACGUUUACAUAGAACAUAAAAGUCGUGAUCAUGUUCUAUGAUAUUUUUUUAAUUUAAAUAGAUCUUAUUGAACAAUUAGAUCUAGACAUUACAUUAUCGCAUUACUAUAUUCUAUCCUACUUUUUUAAAUGUUAUAUUUUAAAAAUUUUGUAUUUAAAGUUUUAUAUACAAAUUUUGAUGAUUGAAGAAUUUUUUAUCAUUUUUAUUGUAUUAUAAUAAAUUAAAAUGUAAUGGGACAUGAUCAAAAAAUAUAGACAGCAAAAUUUGAGUCUAUUAUGAAAAUAUGCUACAUAUAUUAUAGUGGAAUGGACUGUAUAUUUAUAAUUAUAUGUACAUAUCUUAUCUACCUUAAAUAUACAACAAAAUUAAAUGCGAAAGUUUUAAAUAUUCGCAUCACGUUUAACGAUGAUAUGUUCUUACAGUUAUAAUGAAAUAUUCAAAAUUUUAAUUAUAAUGUUUCACUGUCUUACUAUACGUA